AUGGGAACUUGCAGCCUCCACGGGAGUUCUUCAAUCUUGGAGCUUAUUAGCACUUCCAAUGACAGGAAUUUCAAGUCCUCCUUUUAUGGUUUUCCCAGGUACCCAUUUGCCAGAGCCACCCCUUCACUAAGUUUCAGAAUUCGAUCUUGUCAUUUCUCUGUUCGUUGUGCUGUUAGUUUCCGACCUUGCAUUGAUAUACGGAAGGGGAAAGUGAAACGAAUUGUUGGAUCAACUCUUAGAGAUUCAAAGGAGGAUGGAUCAACCCUUGUAACCAAUUUUGAAUUGGAUUUGUCAGCAGCUGAAUAUGCGAAAUUGUACAAAAAAGAUGGGCUAAAGGGUGGUCAUGUAAUCAUGCUUGCAGCUGAUCCUCUAAGCAAACCAGCUGCCAUUGAGCCAUUGCGUGCCUAUCCUGGACUGGAAAAUCUGGGUGGCUUGCAAGUUGGAGGUGGGAUCAAUUUAGACAAUUGUUUGAGCUACAUCGAGGAAGGAGCCAGCCAUGUCAUUGUUACUUCAUAUGUAUUUAACAACAGGCAAAUGGACCUUCAAAGGCUGAAAGGUCUUGUCAAUAUUGUUGGGAAGCGGAGACUUGUCUUGGACCUUAGCUGCAGAAAGAAGGAAGACAAAUAUGCCAUUGUCACUGACAGAUGGCAAAAGUUCAGUGAUGUCGAUCUUGAUGAGGAAGUGUUGCAUUUUCUUGCCAAUUAUACAGAUGAAUUUUUGGUUCAUGGCGUGGAUGUUGAAGGGAAAAAGCUGGGAAUAGAAAAAGAUCUUGUGGCAUUACUGGGCGAGCACUCUCCGAUUCCUGUCACUUAUGCUGGUGGCGUCACAGUAAUGGAUGAUUUAGAGACGAUCAAAGCAGCGGGGAAGGGACAUGUAGAUGUUACUGUGGGAAGUGCCUUGGAUAUUUUUGGGGGUAACUUAGCUUUCGAUGAUGUUAUUGCUUGGCAUGACAAUAACAGGAGGGGCAUAAACCACACUUCUAGCGCCAGGCUUGAGCCCUUCUUCAGGGAACUGCCCGACUUGGGGGGUCGCUAUCCCUAGACCAUCACCUUCUUGGCGUGGAGGAUGAUCUACCUGUUUUGUAUUAUAGAAGUUUAUCAGGGAAGCUUGGCCAAGGAAUAUUUCCCCACAAUUUUGAAACGAGACUUAAGUUAUAAUGCAUUGCACUUGCACAAACAAAAGAGCCUCUUUUUUCUCAGAUUUGAUUUCAUGGGUCUGACUCUUUGUUUCUAUGUUGAAUGAAAGGAAAACUUCAUCCCUGUAUGCAUGGAAAGAAUUUAUUGGAAUGUCGAUAAGCUGUUACUGAAAGAGAAAGAACUAUUCAAAUAUGAGUCUCAACUCUCAAGUUAUAAAAUACAACAAAAAUUUGUAAUUUUCCGCUUGGACAAUGGACGUAGAUGCUUGACCUAAGAAAAAAAGAAAGCAAAUCCUUCUUUUCAAGCCUUCAAUGGCUACUCAAUCUCUUCCCAAAACCCUAGUCAUUUUUUCAACCCAAAGCCCUAAUAUCAACCGAACCAUGGCCACGACAGAGAGAACAGCAACAAUGACUUCAACAGCCACUUUGGCUCCGUCGCAGAGACAAACCAUAUCUGCCUUGGAAGCUCGAAUCUCCCUCGUUUUCGCUCUCGUUUCUCAAGCUUCCUGUCUCUCAACGACGUAAAUGGCAGGUACUUUGAAACUUUUGAUGAUAUGGCGAAUUGUUCAUUGACAACAAAUCGAACAGUUCUUUGACAAACUUUUUUCUUUUAUGACAACAUGACCUGUGUUAACAAAGAAGGUAAGUUCAGUGUAUGCACUUUCUGGAAAAUGUUGUAAAUAACUCAAUUUUAUUAUUUGUACUUUUUUAUUGCAUGUAUGCAACUGAAAAUUUACAAAAGAGAGAAAAUGCUAAUUCCACUUGAAGUCCUAUUCUCUUAUUCUGGGUUGUUCAGGUAACUCGAAGAAGAUCCUUGAUUCCAUGUAUGGAAUCAUGAAUCAUUCAGUUGAUAUGAGAUUACAAACAGAUACUGAUGGCUUUAGUCGCCUUUCUUUGUUGGUGUUUUCAGAUUUGAUGCAUAGUUACUUGGAUUUGUAUUGCAUGCACUGCAUUAUCAGGGGUUGGAUAUGUAAAUUCUAAGUAUUUUAUGUCCUUUUAUACAACUGUUCUUUAAAUCGGUUCUUAUUUAUUUGGCUACUUAUGAUCUAGGUGGAAGAUCAAGAUAAGUGGAGAAUGUCUUUUGUCAUGCCAACAAACUAUGGUUCCGAUCUGCCAUUGGCUAAAGAUCCUUCUGUGAGGAUCAGAGAGGUGCCAAGAAAAGUUGUUGCAGUUGUUGCCUUUUCAGGUUUGUUCUCAACUUUUGUGGUAGCAGUACAAAUACAAUCCA